AGCUUAUUCAUAAACUUUAGCCGUAAUCGAACUUUAAUUAGAUUUCAAUAAUUCUGAUUCUAUACAUAAUGAUUAUGUGGAUGUGUUAGUGCCGGAUAUUCAGUAGAAGACUUAAAUGAUUUAGUUUAGUGUCAAUUCGCUUACAAAACCCGCUUUAUAUCCUUGAAAAAAAACCCCCAAACUUUUUCAAACAUUAUCCCAACCCGUUGGUCCAAAACCGUGACUUAAUGUAAUCCAAUAUCAAUUUAUAUCAAUAAAUAUAUUCCAUAUCUCUACUUCGUAGUGUUUAAUAGUUCUUAUAAUAUACCUAAUAACUAACUAUAUCACUGGUGCGAGGACCAAAGCUGUGCUAAGUACUUUAACUCAACUAUCGAUUAGUUUGAACCUUUCCUAAACAAUCGAAAACUUCAGUAGUGUCUGUAAAUAGUGGCCAACAGUGUGUGUAGUGCCUAGUGAUAUUGGAAAACUCCUGAAAGUAACAAAGAAGUUUCUAACUACGUUGGUGGCGAGGAAUAUUGAUUGCCGGUUGAAAAAGGUCACCUAAGUCUUACAGCUAGACCAAAAAUAAGAAAACAUCAUGUCCGCCCCAACCAACGACAGUACAGAAGCCAUCACAAACUCUGGCUACGGGAGCAGCGACGAAACAGCCAGCCUCCUCAUUGCGGGCCCCUCCGUCACCGUCAUAGUGCCACAAGAGAACAGGACGGUCAAACCUGUUCUCCAAAGACAAGACUGUACUACACAUCUUCGACCACAACUCUCCGGAGGGCCGGGCAGCGAAGAAAGUGCCACAUCCAUCAGAGUCGAGGAAGUGUUGGCGCGGAGUGUCCCUGAUAUUGAACUGCAGUGCCGGGACCAGCCCGUGGCAGACCGGCCGCAGACGCUCGUGUCCCCCGUCGCCGCCUGCUCGCACCGCGGGUCAGUCACCGGCUGCCAGCUAGUUCCGCACGCGUACGCAAGAUGUCGCAUCUGCGAGCGGAGACAGUCGACGGCGCCGAUCUCGGCGCUACAACUAGCUCGCUCUAUUUCACGCGAGAGCGUUCGCUCGGCCGUGCACUACCCGUGCGGCUGCAGCUCCCUCCACGCCGUCAGCACGUGCCCCGUCAUACAACCUCCCGCCUUGCUACUGCCCACGUCUAGUUCGAGAAUCAUCCGCCAGAGCUCGCAGCCGGAGUCGAGCGCAUGCGCGGCGCACUGCCCGCACCACACCCACCACCACCCCAGCGCCUCGCUGCGGCAGCUCCGGGAACCAGGCGACGGCAUCGCGGGCAUCGCCGCCGACUCUCUGAGGAUCAACGGCGGAAUGAGGCCGUUCAAACAGCAGGGACUGCUGCUAUGUCCACAAACCCUGUCGCAGACCCGACGAGCCCGAUUGAGACGCGCGUUCACAGAAGCGACGGGCGAUACCGUCACCUACGUUAGAACGCUGCGAAAGCCGGUGUCGACGCUGUCCAUCCCUGGAGCUAUGAAGGCGUACUCCGGGGGGGGGAGGGACCCGGCAGCUGAGGAGGCGGGGGUGGCGCUUGUCGGCGUCCACAGCGAGUAUCCCAGAUUCGGCGAAGAGCGGGCGCUCGGCGGAGGCACUUACAAAGGCGGGGGGGCGGCCAAGCACAAACCGAAUAUAGGAUAUAGGUUAGGUAGACGAAAGGCAUUAUUUGAAAAACGAAAACGAAUAAGUGACUACGCUUUAGUAAUGGGAAUGUUUGGUAUUAUAAUUAUGGUUAUAGAAAAUGAACUUGCAAGUGCUGGAGUUUAUACUAAGGCAUCAAUUUAUUCGCAAGCGUUAAAGACGCUUAUAUCAAUGUCGACUGUGAUUUUACUUGGCCUAAUCGUCGCGUAUCACGCUUUAGAAGUACAGUUAUUUAUGAUAGACAAUUGCGCGGAUGACUGGCGGAUAGCAAUGACGUGGCAGAGAAUAGCUCAGAUUACGUUAGAACUUGCAAUUUGCGCAGUCCAUCCCAUCCCUGGCCAGUACACCUUCACUUGGACGACUAAACUGGCGAAUAAGGGAGGAGUCAUUGGGGUUGAAGUUGCCACAAUGUAUAAGCAAAUUCAGGUGCCGUAUGACGUCACGCUGUCGUUGCCAAUGUUCUUUCGUCUCUAUCUAAUAUGCAGGGUCAUGCUACUUCACAGUAAAUUAUUUACAGACGCUUCAUCAAGAAGCAUAGGUGCUUUAAACAGAAUUAAUUUUAACACUAGAUUUGUCUUAAAGACCCUAAUGACAAUUUGUCCAGGCACAGUUUUACUAGUAUUUAUGGUGUCGUUAUGGAUAAUUGCCAGUUGGACCCUAAGACAGUGUGAAAGGUUUCACGAUGAAGAACACGCUAAUCUUCUGAAUGCGAUGUGGCUAAUUGCGAUUACGUUUCUAUCCGUCGGCUUUGGUGAUAUUGUGCCAAACACAUAUUGUGGCAGAGGUAUUGCUGUAAGCACCGGCAUUAUGGGGGCAGGCUGUACCGCGUUAUUAGUGACCGUUGCCUCAAGGAAAUUAGAAUUAACUAGAGCAGAGAAGCACGUACAUAACUUCAUGAUGGAAACUCAACUGACUAAGAAGCUGAAAAAUGCGGCAGCUAACGUGUUAAGAGAGACGUGGCUGAUAUAUAAACACACUCGACUGGUUAAGAGAGUGCAACCUGGCCGAGUGAGAACGCACCAGAGAAAGUUUCUGCUUGCUAUUUAUGCAUUGCGGAAAGUCAAAAUGGAUCAGAGAAAGCUGAUGGAUAAUGCCAACACGAUAACAGACAUGGCAAAAGACCCGUUUCUAUUUCAGACUCAGAACACCGUGUAUGAGAUCGUGUCUGACAUGAGCACACGACAAGACACCAUAGAAGAGCGGCUGACAAGCUUAGAAGAGAAGAUAACAACGCUACAGGAGCAAAUGAACAGCCUGCCCGACGUGGUGGCGCGCUGCCUGCAGCAGUGUUGGGAGCGCGCGGAGCAGCGCCGCCACUUCCUGCACCCCGACACCGCUGCGGUGCCCACUCCGCCCUCCUCCACCAUCACGCCUCAUGCUAGGUCAAUAGCGACAGCGGCGCACGCGUGGCCGCCCAGCCCAGUCCUGCAGCCGGCGAUGACGCGGACGCACUCGGCCUCAGCAGCGGAGACCCACCCCCCCGCGCCCGCCGCCCUCACCCCCGCCAGCCCCGCGCCCCACAUCGCCCGCCCGCCGCUGCCCAGCUGAGUACCGCCCUCCAACUCCGAACUGCUGUGCUGAACUCGACGAAUGACGGCGCCCCUCCUCUGAUUCCCUUUCUACUACGCGCCAAAGACCGAAAGUUCCGCUAGCGCUUUCUGGUGGUUCCGUUUUUUGCUUUAAUUAACGUGGUCAAAUACAGUUCAACCACAAAUUAAAUUCAGUUACAACUCGUAAGUCUUAUACAGUUUUGAAAAUAGUACUAACAGUAAAGUGAUUCAAUCGAUGGCACAUUCAUCUGGCUCGUAAGGUGUAGAAGCAAAACGCAAUCGUUCAGAAGUCACUAGUGGGACGGAAGCAGGGCUCGCUUCACCAUGGAUCUUCAAAUGUUUGGUGCUUCUAAUCUUUGUUGAAGUGAGUUUUGCGAGUCACCGACCACGCCAGAGCGAGGUCUGCCGUAGUUUUCUUCGCUGUUCCCCAAGUUUCGGAAGUGACGGACUGGUUUAAUAGUGAUACAGUUAGAUAGUGAAUGAAUAUACCUAGAAGAAAAGGACUUGCUGUUGUGAUUAUACAUGCUUUAUCUAUAGGCGCUUUAGCUAAUGUUAAGAUUUGAUCGGUAUUGAUAGAAGAAUAGACGGCACACGACUGUACAUGCGUACUUCAUGAAAGAACCAAAUUCGUACUCUCCUGUAUCGUUAGAUUGUGAGUGUUUUUACAAAUGUUUAUUGUAAAUUUCAUAAACAUUUGUAAUUCAUAAUGGUCUGUUGCAGUGAGGAAAUCUCUUACAUGUGAAUUUAUGCUUUAUAUAGUUUAAAUAAUUACCCAUUGGGAUUUCUUUUAAGCAAAAGCUUUCACUAGUUUUGAACAAAAUCAUGAUAUACCAAUAGAAGUUGUAAGAACAUCAACAUAGUUUAAAUAUUGAACUGCUGCAUUUAUUACCGUCAAUAGAGUUUGGAAAGGUUUGGCUUGAUGCAAACUAAGUAUCGAUAGAUAAAAUUAAUUUGAUACUUACACAACUAGAAGUAAUUAGGAUGUGACUCAUAGAAUUGGAUUGGGUUCCUUGUUAGUUGUACUGUAUUGUAUUAAAAUGUUUUAAAGUAUCAAUUAAAUAUCACUUACAAAUAUUAAUGUCGGAUUGUACUUGGACUGUACUCAUACUAACACAAGCAAACUUAUCAAAUAAACCGAGUCCGUCUCAGAUGGCACACUUUAUCAUAAUAUACUACUAUUGAAAUAAAAACAACAAAUGUAGGAAAAUAACCUUUGUUAUGUACUUAUUUACCUAUACACUAAACGAAAGGUUUCGAUAGAAAAGCCUGUCAACACCUAGUCAUAAAUAUAUUUUAAGUUAAUCGUAAGUAAAGCUUUGUAUAAGAAUAAGAUUGAUGGCUGUCUAAAUAGUGCCUAACACACUACGAAAUUUCGAUAGUUCAGUUUUUUAUCUUAAAAAAGUAUAAAUAUGUAAAUAGUAAAACUAAAAUUUGAGAGUUAAAUAUUUAGAAUUAUUGAAUUUAGUAGCUGUACGUAACUUUAUGAUGGGAUCAAUUUCUUUGUGCUGUUUUCUCCCUUCUGUUGAAUGUAACGGUUUGACCGAUUGUUGAAUUGUCCACUAGCUUUUUAAUGAGGAGAACCAAGCUUUAAUACACAACAUUUUAUUUUUA